ACUGAUUCCGCCAAAAUAAACGUGGAAAAAUCGUGUUUUAUUCGUUCAUCAACUUGUGUCUAUAAUCGCCAAGCGGAUUAAAUUGUCCUCCAGUGUUAUCGGAAGACAAGACAACGUGUUAUAUCUAGUGUUAUCCAUCGAAAUAAUCACGUCGGAAAAGUUUCCUCGUGAUUGCAUUCGGUGUCCGCGAGUGACCGAACCAUUUCGAAAAUGUGUUCGUGAAACAUCAAGCGAACAUCCGGUGCAUCGAUGACAUUUUCAUAAAUCGUGUGCUCGUUCUGAUUUUCGUGAAAAUCUUUGACAGGAAUUGUGUAGGACCGAUGAACGCUACUUUUACAGUGUGUCGAUUUAUGGGAUAUGUUAUAUUAUCGACAUAGUAUCUGGUUUUUAGAUAUCUCGGGGUGUUUCCUCUUUGCGGACAGACUAUGCUUUUCUUGUCACUAGAAACGGAAACGCGAGUUCAGUCACGAUGUUGUGCAAAGUAAAAUGGUGUGGUUUUAAACAAAGGUACGUUUGAAAGGUGUCAUCGGUUGGAGUACCGACAAGUAAUCGGCGCUAUUUUGCGCGUGUUUCGUCCGUCAAAGUGCACACGUCUUUCAUGCAUAAAAAAAUGUUCAGAGACUAAAAUGUCGCGUCUGCGAUAGAAGUUUCAAGUGAUAAAUGUACGUUGCACAGUGAACUGAAAUAAUGAAUAGUGAACAUUUUAAAAGAACGGACAAGCGAGGUUCAGUGUGCUCGCGUUUGGACAACUGAUAAAACUUAGUGUAAUCUUUUUUGUACAAUCAUAGUACUGUGAUAUCGGAUAGUUUUCAUUGAACCGUCGUACAGUGCUAAAGCGUUACUAUUAUGUUGUAACGUGAUAGAUUUAUAAAAAUAUUAAACAUUGACAAAUGAUGCUAGUGCUUUUGUUGUGCGUCAUCAUGAAAAUAGCAGAGUUCUCUGUGGGUCGGAUGAGCCCGCCAUUUCAAGCCCCUGCACGACCGCCACAUCUUUAUGGUAAAUCCAAGAGGCCGGAACGGAAGUAUUACCGACGACUCAAUGCGAAGUGCAAUUGUUUACUGUUUAAUCGUGCAGACAAAGGGGCUGCAGUGAUGGAAGAUCCACAAACACCAGGAUCUGAUUGCAAUUCCAAUCCUGCAACGGAUUCUAUCCAACAUGAUUUGAUUAGUUCUGACUUUGUGCAGGACAAUGUGGAAUAUCAGUGGUUCAUUGACUAUGGCUACAGAGAUGGAGGACUUCAUGUUCAUCCAAGCGUAUUAUCCUCACUCUCUGCUUCAUAUUCUCGAGAAGAUUUGGGCUAUUAUGAUGACCUGGCCCGUAACCUGGAUGCUAAUUUGGCAGAAAUUGAUAUGGAGAGUUUUCGUACAGCGGACAUUCAUACUUUGCUCACUGCAUUGCCUGUUAUGUGUACUGAUCCAGUUCAGCAUUCAGAGUUUAACUAUCAAAGGGAACGAUAUGCCAGUAUAUCUGGAUCUGUUAUGGAAAAACUUGACAUCGGUUCAUCUAUCAGCCCUCAUACCAGCAGCCAGGGAGAAGAUUCAGCCUGUUCGACCACAGAUACAAUUUCUAUAUGCAAAUCGUCGCUGCUUUUCUCUCCUCUGAAAGAGACACCCGUACUACCACCGGGAGGUAGCUACAGCGUCGACUCUCUGGACUGCGAGGACAUGCUGCUCACAUGUCAGACAAACAACAAAGACAAUUAUACUAUUGCUUUUGAGGGUAGUAUCACAAUGUAUUCAGAUGGUUCUCAAGAUUUUGAAAAUCAAGAAAAACAAAAAUCGUACGAAACAGGAGAGCCAUAUUAUAGUCGGAAUAAUGACUUGAAAAAUGUGUUAGAUGUAUCAAUGGCAUGUUCUGAUUCCAAAAUAUACACUACGUGGAGCAAUUUGAAACAUUCUUCAAUGAACAAAGUUAUGACUCGACAUCCUUCAGGCAAUAACAAUACAAUACCAGAAUUUUUACACGGUAUUGAAAAUAUCAUAACCGGGACAAAUAAAAGAAGUCAGAGCUUGCCAGAUCUUACACAGGCUUCACAAUUACAACAUAUUAAUAUGCCUCUCAAUUUUUCUGUUGAUUCUGCAGAAUCAAACAAUCAUGCACAACAAUUACAUAGUUCGGGAUCAGUGAUGAGUCGAUCUAUUAACGAAGAAAGUUCAGACAAUGGAGAACAUAAUACAGCAGGAAAGAAAUUGCAAAAUUUAAGUCUCGUAAAAUUAUUUAUGAAACAAAAGAGUAUGAGCACCGAAGGAAUGAGUCUUACGCUAGAUCAGUCGGAUUCUGUUAGUGAUAAUGGAUGGCCUACGAGUAAUAGUGCUAGCGACAGUGGUACUAAUACAAAUACACAGAUACAACGGCACGAUAUAAAUGAUGCUAAACAUCAAGUUCCAGAAAGCGAUUUUUCUAUUAAUUGGGUCAAAGGUGAUCUUUAUAACAAUCAAGAAGUAGAAAAUCAAAAAGAUAAUUUCAGUAACAUUCCAAAACAUUCAUCAAUGAUAAGUGAGCAGAAAGAUGAAAUGUCAUCAGCAUCCGUGGAAGAAUUAUCGGAGAGUAUGUCUAAAUCAGAUUUAACGCACGAUAAUGAUCAAACUGACUUCGACGUUGCUUUCGAACAACAACAAAAAACUGCGUGGCUUAAAUCUUUAGAGAAAAAAUAUCCUAUUUGUAAAACGACGGGCAUUCAAGCAAUAGCUGAAACGGACGAUAAUGCAGUUCAAACCUCUUUAAUAUAUACAGCGCCUACAGAGAAAGAAAAUCCUUCUUUAAGGGAAACAAUUGUUAAUAAAAAACCUGUUUAUGUUGUAUAUCCGAAUUAUGCAUUGCCUGAUUUAUCGUUUCUCAAUAUCAAAGAUACGAAAUUGGAUAACGUAGCCUUAAAGCCACAGGGUUUCGGAAAGAAUAAAGUUAGUUGGAAGCAUACUGGUAGGUCUGGUAGACCGUUCUCCUGUAAUGACAUAGAUGCGUUGCGCCAACGUGGAUUUUCGCACGUUAAAGACUGGGAGUCAUUGACAUUCCUUUUGCCUACCGAGUACAAGAAAAUUUUACACGAUGUACCAGAAGUGUCACGGUACAUUAACAUUAACGAAGAAAUUAAGAAACCUCUUUUUUGUUUAUCACCCCCGAUGCGUCAUAAAACUCGUCCCAUGAGUGAAGUCAUACCAAAUAAUUCGUCUUCUACUAGUAGCACUGCAACGCAGCCAUCGUCCGGAUAUCGAGGCUCGUCUACGAUAUUAACCGAUUCUUCGACAAAUCAGCAGACAUUAAAUAACCCAACUAAUCCAUUGUAUCUUUACCGUUAUGAUAGUAUUAGCUCCGAGGCCAGUUUAGUAAGUAACGAUAAAAAAGUACAUAGGCAAAUCAGUAAAACAAAAUCGUCCUGCCCGUCUCUUCCAAAACGAUCGAUCUCGUUGCCACAUGGAGAUCGUGAAUCCGACUUUUGUAAUGGAAAAGUGCCACCAAGACCACCUUUACCCAGAAGUAUUUUAAGAAAAAGCAAGGUUCCUGCGAGUAAGAGAUACAGUAUGUUCGAAAUGGGAGAUGUAGAAGAAAUAGAGGAUCAAUCACCUGAAGCAAAUAAAAGAAUGUCUUUGCAAGAACCAUACUACAUGAACAAUGAUUUGCCGUUAGCGUGUCGUGCAAGGAUUGUUGAUUCAGAAAAAGAUGUUGAUGAAACGGAAGAAAGAUAUCACACAGAAAGAGUAAAUGAAGUGGCUAGCACAGGAGAUAUAGAGACUGAAAACUUUGAACAUAAUGAAGAUGACGUGAAACAGUUGGAAGAAUUUUUGAAACGUAGUGGGUUCUCGUCACAAAGCAGUGACGGGGACGUAGAUGAUCCCGAUGUAAAACUAAGAUCGUACGUACGAAAGUUUUUAUCACUCAGAAUGAAUAAAGAUAUUACCAAAGCUACUGAUAUGAUAGAAUCACAGAAAAAGACUGUCAGUUUUGCCGUACACCAAAGAAAAAAAUGUAUAGACAAUAAGAUUAAUAAUUUAAAUACUGUUGCAAAUGAACAAAGUAAAGAAUCUGCACUUACAGAAGACAGGAUAGACAUGAGUCCUGAUAGUAAAUCACUGGAUUUAGAUGAAAAGAGAAAAAUGAUAUUAUCUGCAAAUAAAGCAGUAGAUUUAUUGUUAAAGUAUUGGAAUAGCGAAUCGACCCAUAGUAGACAGAGUUACAGUGACAAAAAUGAAUGUGCACAAAUUUGUCUCAGUAAUUUAUGUCCAGCUUUAUACGCCAUUAUGUCGGAUGAACUGAAACCACAUUUAAAUUCUACAUUUGGACCAAUAACAAACAGUGUUUGGCAAGUGGUUGAAGCAUCCUCUCAGCAAGGUCCACUUACUAAAACAUUGAAUGAAUUAGUACAAAAAAUUAAUGGCGAAGAUGUUAUCACAGAAGGAAUGUUAAAGUUUCACGCAUUUGUAUUUGGCUUGUUAAACCUGAGAGCUUUAGAUGCAUGGUUUGCAUAUUUGUGUACAAGAGAGUCUAUCCUCAGGAAACAUUACAAUAGUAACAGUUUAUUCGUCGCAGCUUUAGCCAAUUCAAAUGCACGAGAAGUUGUCGAUGCUCUUUUAUAUAUUCUAAAUCCUCUCGCGUUUUGUCCAUUUCAGCUCGAUCUUCUAUACCAAUAUCGUCAACUUCAUAAUAGUUUUGGUAAUUUAAAUAAUCAUACUAUAAAUGCUGUAAACUUCAGAAACGUUGAUCGGUCUCCGAAGGAACAUCAUUUCGACAAAACUGACACAUGUGCAAUGGUUUCUAGUCCAAGAAAAAUACGUCCAAGAUCCUGCGUUACUUAUGGUAACUACGACGAUAAACCAGGAGAUUCGCAUAAACCCGAUAUGGAGACUAUAAAGAAACGUUUGAGCAAUCCGAUAGGUUCAAAAGUAUUUCGUGCUCUCGACAAACUAGCUUCUGAAGAUUCUGAAGACUAUACCGACAGUUUAGAACAUUCGCCACUGAACAGAGCGUCCAGCAAACAUCCUGUCUCCACGAAGCCUCACAGUCAAGAGAGUAAAAUAGACGACGAGAAUAGUAUGCCAGGCGAAGCGAAAUUUAGGAAACUUCAAGAAAAGUGGGAAUUGAUGGUCGGAAAAGAGGAUCCAAAGAAUCAACCAGUGUUACCUUCAUCACCUAUACGAACACCAACGAGUUUAGGAAAAUCCAAAAUUCCCAGACUCCUUACUUCGCCGGUGAAACAGUCAAGCGCGAUAUCAGGGCCUUCUAAAACCACGAAAUCUCCUGUAUCUGGAAUUCCAUCUUUAAAGAAACCUGUCACACUUCCGACGACAAAAAGUACACCAAAAAAACCUAUUGAAAUAAAGAGUAAAGAUGUACCGAAACGUACUAGCAGAGUGGAUCAGGAAGUUGUAGGGACAACACGAACUCAUUUAACUCGACCCAGUUCUUUACCCUACAAGUCCUACGGAUUAAUGUCUAAAGAGAAGAAUGUAGUAUCUCCACAGAGACGAGCAGCGUCUACAUCUUUACCACGACCAACUACCGCUGCUACUACUACAAGAAAUCCUUCCAAAAAACGACUUAAAUUAGUAAAAUAACAGUUCACACAUCUCGAUUCCAGAGAGGUUCGUACGCUUACGCAUAGAAUUCGUUCUGAAAAUGGGCAUCUCGCAUUUGGAGAAGGUGAGAAACUGAAAGUUCUUUUAGAAGUAAACAGUAAAUGGUUAUUAUGUGCAAGAGGUGAUGCAAAAGGUUUGGUUCCGCGGAUGUGUGUGCAUUACAUUCAAACUUAGCCGAACAUUUUACACGAGUAACUAAAGAGAAUUUGAAAUAAGUGGAACAAAAUUACGAGACUUCGACGCCACGAAGACGUUCUGAUGAAAUGAUAAAAAAUAUGUACAGUGUAUCAAAGAAAAAGUAUAGAAUUGUUUUUAAAGUAUGGUAAAGUAAUUGUUAUAAUUCAUGACCGUUUGAAGCUUCAUUUAUAUCAAAUUGCGAUAGUAUUAUCACUCGUAUUGUCAUUGACAAAAGGAAGUAGGUAUCGCUAGUCAUAGGCUUUCAAACCAGGUUAUAUUUAAUUAAUUGAACAUAUACCUAUUUAUAACCAGGAUGUACAUAUAUACAGUAAAAUAUGAUAAAUAUAUAUAUAUAUAAUAAUGAUGGAUAAAGACGACAAUGACAUGUAAUAACUUAUAAUUAUGAAUGUAACUGUGAUCAUAGUGUAUAGGUAAGUUUAUUAAUGCAAAAAUGUGCGAUACCGUUGAAUCUUUUUUAUUUUUAACGUUAUAACUUAUAUUUUAUUCGUAUCUAUUCCGUACGUCGCACGUUUAACGAGUAUCUCAUUUAAUUUUACUUGAUGUGUAAAUUAUUGUAUUGCGCGCUUGUGGUUCGCAGAAAUCACAUUUUUUUACUUGCUUCAUGUAUUCUUUGGUAUGCCAAGGCAUACAAUGUAAUCAAAUAAAAUCUAAAAUUGUAAUUGUA